UUUAGCGAAAUCUUACGGAAGCGUGUAAAGAGAGAAGGCCUUGUGUUUUUCUCUUUAUUGAAAAUUACCGAGAGAAGGGCUUGUGUUUUUCUAUUUAUUGAAAAUUACAAGCUGUAUCAGUUUAUCUAACAUGAUGUUGAUGGUUUGAGAAACAGACCAGACCAGAAGUUGAAUUGCUUUUAUGUAAUUCUCUUAAAAUAAUUUAGGAGAAAUUCUAGUAAACAGAUUUGCCAUCUUCUACGGAAGACUGCCAUCUCAUUUUCAAUAGAAUUGUCGUCCAAGCCGUCCCAAAGACAAUAGAUAUUCAAUAUCUUUGUUCUAUCUCUCAGUUUGUAUCAAAUAAGAUUAUACAAUGUCCAAUAGUGCAAAAGAACAAGGAGGUGGUAAACGGCGGAUGAAGGAUCUUAAUAUGGAAGAUAUUAAAAGAACUAAAUUGUCUGGUGGGAUGGAUCAAAGUACAUUGAAUCAAAUGGUGAAAUUCAAUGAACAAGCCUUUGCAUCAUUAUCUAAUAGUAAUUUGACCCCAGCUGAAAGAGAUGAGAAUAUGAAAAAAUGUAUUCAGAGACAACAAAUGUUAUUAGAAAUGAAGGCAGAAAUGAUCGAAACCCAGCUCCAGAAUACUGAUGAUCCAAUGGAAGGAACUAAGGGCGGGAAAAGACAAGAAAUGAAUAGUAAUUUUGGGCGUCCAGGAAGAGGUGGUCCUCAAAGAGGCGACCUGCCGAGGGAUGGUCGUGGUCCUCAAAGAGGCGACCUGCUGAGAGAUGGUCCUACAAGAGGCGGCCCUCCAAGAGAUUGGCCAGGUCCUAUGAUGGGAAUGGGGUUUAAUAGAUGUGGAAUGGGAGGAAGAUUUCCUGGUCCUGGUGGGCGAGGAGGACCUAGUGGUCCUAGAAUGUGGGCAGGGCCCUUUCAUCCUCCUCAUCCCAGAUUCUUUGGUAACCAAGGAAUGGAUAUGAUGAACUUUGAAGAUCAGCGACCUCCAAAAUCCAAUAUAAGCAUUGAGGAGAAGCUGAUCUUUUUCAAAAACCAGGUGCUUGAAAAAUUUGAUCCUAAUUUAUCAGGCUUUAACAUGAUUAUGGGCUGUAAACGAAGUAUUGAAGAUCCAGAAUUCUCUCCAUUUAUUGAUUAUAGAUUUGAAAGAGAUCGAAGUAAGGAUCCUGUAGAAAUUACAGGCAGGCUUAAGAUGAAUGGUGUAUAUAUAGCCACUGCUACUGGUACAGAAGAUAAAUUAGUAAAAGGAAUGACCUAUCGUAAAGCUCUUUACUAUCUGCACACUAAAACUGUCAGUGAAAUUUUCUAUAAUUCUAAUAAAAUAAAUGCCGACAUUGCUAAAGCUAAAGGUCCUGGCACUAAACUGAUUAAACAUCACUUUGUUGGGAACUAUAUAAAAGACAAACUUAAGAUUUUAAACAAAAGGUUAUCAAGAUCAGAAAACGAAAGAGAGGUGAUUCGUGAUUUUGAUUAUGUUUGCGACAUGAAUGAAAUAAGCGUAACAUCCAUAUUGUAUCGAAGUGAAGAAAGCGAUGGUAAAUUUGAGAAUCAGAUCAAAUGUGAACUGUAUGUUGAUGAUUUGUUAAUGGGUUCAGCUAGAAGUGCUGAAAGAAAAGAUGCUAUCAGAAAAGCUUAUGUUGAAGCCAAGAAAGUUAUUAUGCAAAAUAAACUGGAUGCAUGUAUCAGUGAAAACAAAAGACUUUCUAAACUGGACAGAAACAAUGAGAACAUUUUAGAUAUUGUUAAUAAAGGUAAAUUUUAUGAAAUGGGAAGUAAUAUUGGAAAUCUAAUAGUUAGUAGGAAGUCGAGAGAUUAUGAAUCCUAUCCCCAAAAAGAAUUGGUAGUUCUGAUACAAACCAUGGAAAGAGAACCAGUCCCAUAUACAAUCCUAGAGAGGACAGCGACUGCCAAUGGUUUAUUACUAGAGUAUGUUUUGCAUACAGCUGAGAGAACAAAAGAAUGUAGAGAUUUCAGGUGUUUGAUUUAUCUGAAUACCAAAUUGAUUGCCUUGGCAACUGGUCAAAAUAAACCCCAGGCCAAGUUUACUGCUGCAGAAAAUGCCCUGAAAGAAUUAACUUCAAGAUAUUCUCUAAUUGAGUACCCUACAAGAGAUUAUGUGGCUACUACCAGUAACGAUAGUCUGAUUGCACUCGCCCACAACUUGAAAAUUUCUGGUCGAGACAUUACAAAAGACAUUCCUGAAGAAUUCAACAUGGCUGAUUCAACUGAUGAACUUGAUCCAUAUGUCUACCGUAUAUUGGAGAACAUGGUACUUGAAUAUGCCAAUGUUGAAACUUUAGAAGAAAUGAUAUUUGGACCUGACCUGCCCGAUGUUGUUAUUGAUUUACUGGUGAAAAAAUGUAAGGAGUGGAAUAUAGAUGGUAACCGACGACAGCAUAAUGGUAAAACUUACAUUGUCAUUCAAAAGAUCAAGAGCAUUACAACAUCACAAAUGAGUGACUUCCUCCUAACCCAACCUUGUUUUCAAAAUGGUCGUUAUACACUUGUUCAACUGAGACAACCUAAAGGUAAAUUACAGGUAAUCAACAUGUGUUCUAAAGAAGUACGACAGUACAUGAUGAAACCAGAUGAAAAUGAAGAUGAGGAUGAAGAGAUGCCUGAAGACUUGGGCCUCUUUGAUGUUGACAUAUAGAAAAAACCUAUUUGUUUUAUUCAAUAUGUAACAUCCAAAUAGAAUAUUUGCUAGAUACAUCAAAUGUAAUGCAUUUUUGGAAGAAAAUUGACAAAUUGAGUUUAGGAACAAUAAUUUUAUAUGCUACCUACAUAAAUCAUGUCCAAAUUUUUAUAAACCAGAGAGAUAAAUUUGUUUUGGUGUAUACAAUGUAUUAUUUCUGAGACAACUGAUUUUGUUGAAAAAAAAAUGACUUGUGCAUUAAUCUUAGAAUCACUCCAAACUUAUUUAGCAAACAAUCUUUAAUGUUUAUAUUUCUUCAACAAGCUUUAUUGCUGAAAUCAAGUAUUUUUGGUUUUGUUAUUUUCAGAAUUUUUAUCUUUACUAAUUUUAAAUGUGAAGAUUUUAUUUGCAGGAUAUUAAAUAUCUGUUAUUAGUAAUAUUACCAAAAAUAUAUAUAAUUGUUUACGUGUAAACAGUUCCAUUUUUGCUAGAUUAGAAUUCAUUGACCAUAGGCUAUAAGUAUUAAUAUGUAGUUUGUCAAUAUUCUUGCAUUUUUGUUAGGCCACAUGUUAUGAAUGGUGUUUAAGUAAUAAAUAGUAGGCUUUUUCAAAUGUUAUAAUUAUCACUUGGUACUUUAUCUAUUUAUUCCAAAUAUCACUAUUCACGUACAUUUACUAUAUCCUGUGCAUCAGGUGAUAUGAGUAUUUAGUUAAAUUUUUUCUUAAAAAAGAAAAUGAUUCUAUGUUCAUUUUGUUAUUUUUCCUUUUAAGAAAGUUACUAUAUGUUUGAGUUAGCUUAAAGUUUUUUAGUGGAUGUGGAUUAAAACUAGGUGUUUACCCAUGAAAUUGCAGAGGUGGGAACUUGAGUCCUACAACUCGUAUUCCAGUCGGGCUUAAGUCACAUCAAGUACCAAACUUGCUACUUAACUUUAACUAUUUAUCGAAACUCGGCUCGAACUCAGUAGUCUUGACAAGUCGCAGUGUGGGUACAUAAAACAUUAACUUGUCUUAUUCGCCACAGAUUGCUGACUUAUUUCAAUAUUUGAUGAACUUGCAACUUGACCAGGACUUGGCAAUGUGAAGACAUGGCACUUGAUUCUAGUCGGCGACUUCAGACUCAACUCAGAUUUGCAUUCCUGUACCUUGUUCCCACCUCUGUGAAAUGGUGUAAUGACUUUUACUGGAUGGUUUUCAAACCUAUGUAAUUUUUUUUUUUUUUUUUUUUUUUUUUCUCUAUGCUUUUUAUGUAAAAUGUAUAAUUGUUAUCAAAAAUUUCUGUAUUUGACUCCGGGUAUAUGUUAUCAAUAAAUAUAUUGUUAGUUUGGUUAAGAAAAAGACAAAAUUUGAUAAUUAAGAUUGGAAUCAUCCUCAGUAUCCCCAGUGGUAUCGUUUUGCUCUACUAUACCCUGGGUUCAUUCACAGGGUUUUCACAGAUUCAAAUUAUCUGCCCUUGAUCAUAGGUUGAUUCUACAAACCAAUCAAAAAACAGUUUACAUACCAGUCUUAGCGUCAUUGUUUAUGAUCACUACUAUAAUCUUAGUUGCAAUAAAAUGAGUUACUUCCUGUCACCCAGUUGAUUGGUCGAUCAAAAUAGUACAAGUAUCAAGGGCAGAUAAUUUGACUGUCUCCCCCGGGAAUGAACCCAGGGUAUAAAGGAGUACAACAAAACAAUAUCACGGGGGAUACCGAGGAUGGAUUGGGAUUUUAUUUGAAAUUAGUACAAACAUUUGACUUAAUAUGGAUCUGUAAAUUAGCGAUGAUGUAUUUCAAUCUCUAUGUAAUACCAUUAAUAUUUUUUUUCUGUUAUUUUAAGCUUUAAUGAAUUGUUGAAAAUACAUAUGCUAAUAGAAACAAAAAAAUA